AUGUUGACCCACAUCAGGGCUCGCAGCAGGAGUCUGUACCCCAGCUACAAGCCCGGCGGGGGGGCUCAGGCGCUCCAAGACCAGGCCGACUAUCUGGACUUUGUAAAGCCAUGGAGGUCCAUGCAGGAGCUGGGCAGAGAUAUCUAUGAUAUGUAUGCUGAGUAUGAAAGUGAGGAUGAGGAGGACCGGCUGCCGGUGACUUCCUCCCACUUCCUGCUCUCGCCAACCAAACACUUCAAUCUCAAUAUCAACGUCGGAGGAACGGUGUACCACUUGCCCUACAGGUUAGCAGCCAAGUAUCCAAAGACACGGAUCGGGCAGUUGGCCACGUACAAGGACCACAGCAGGAAGUUGGAUCUGUGUGACGACUACAUCGUGCACAGCAACGAGUUCUUCUUCGACCGGGACCCUCAAAUCUUCCACAACAUCUUCAACUUCUACAGAACUGGAGUGUUGUACAUUAAAAACGAGCUGUGUCCCCACAACUUCCUGGAGGAGAUAAACUACUGGGGCGUCAGAAUCAAAAACAGCCAUCGCUGCUGCCGCAUCUCCUUCGAAGAGAAGCAGGACGAGCUGAACGAGCAACUGAAGAUACAGAGAGAGCUGAUAGCAGAGAUGGAGGAGGAGGAGAACGAGGUGUUAUUCGACGGCUUGGUCUUCGGGCCGAUGCGGAAGAGUAUCUGGAACGUCAUGGAGAGGCCGUUCUCCUCCGUCAUCGCCAAGCUGAUGGGCAUCGCCUCCUCCCUUUUCGUGCUCAUCUCUCUGGUAACCAUGGCGCUCAACACCGUGGAGGAGAUGCAGUACAAGACGCCGUCGGGCCAGCUCAGCGGCAGAACGUACGGCGAGUACGUGGAGUCGUCCUGCAUCUCCUUCUUCACGCUGGAGUACCUGCUGCGCCUGGUGUGCACCCCCGACCUCAAGAGCUUUGCCCGCAGCGUGCUGAACACCGUGGACCUGGUGGCCAUCCUGCCGCACUACUUGCAGAUGGUCCUGGAGUGCUUUGAGGACCACGACACACAGCUGCACUCAGAGGAAGUCCAGACCGUGGGGCGGGUGGGGAAGGUGGGUCAGGUUCUCAGGAUCAUGCGUCUGAUGAGAAUCUUCAGGAUCUUGAAGCUGGCUCGACACUCGACCGGCCUCAGAGCCUUCGGAUUCACUCUGAGGCAGUGCUACCAGCAGGUUGGCUGCUUGCUGCUCUUCAUGGGCAUGGGCAUCUUCAUGUUUUCAGCCAUGGUGUACACGGUGGAGCACGACGUUCCCAACACCAACUUCACCUCCAUGCCGCACGCGUGGUGGUGGGCCGCCGUGAGUAUUUCCACGGUGGGCUACGGCGACAUGCUCCCUGAGACCAACCUGGGCCGUAUCUUCGCCUUCGCCUGCAUCUCCUUCGGCGUCAUCCUCAACGGCAUGCCCAUCUCCAUCCUCUACAACAAGUUCUCCGACUAUUACACCAAACUCAAGUCCCACGAGUACGCCGCCGUCUCCAAGGCCCGCGGGAAGGUGCACUUCGCCAAGAGGGCGGCGAAGAAGUUUCACGACUGCUGCGAGGACGUCGUUCAGCCAAGGAAUUCCCAUCUGCACACAACAAGGUUUUAGAUUUUCACAGUAACAUUUGUGUGGGAGGUAAGGAGUGACAGUCAGAGAUGUGAAAUGAACCAAAGACUGACUAUGGACAACAUGACGUCAUAUGUUGGUUUCCAAACUCUCAGUUUGGCAUUUUGGCCACCGCCAUCUUGGAUUUUUGGAGGCAGAAGUUUGAGAGGCUGGAGCAAAGUGCAACCAAACG